UUGGUACAGUCCUGACCCUGCCCGUGGCUUUGACCGCUCCUUCCUUCGCCCCCUCUCCUAGGCCGGCGCGCGGCACGGAGCCGGACCUCUCCCCGGCGCCGACCGCGGCGAUGGCGCCGCCUGCAGGCGGGGGCGAGGAGGUGGGCGCAUCGCUAGAAGAGACGGCGGUGCUGGUGGAAGUGCGGGGCCUGGGACCCGAGUCUGGGCCGGGGCCGGGUCCCGGUCCCGAUGGACUGUGGCGGCUGCAGCUGAGCGCCGAGGCCUCAAGGCCGGGGCACUUCCGCCUGGUGCUCCAGGGCUCAGGGAGCCCUCCCGGGGAGGGCUUUCAGUGGUCUCUGGAAUCCGUGGCUUGCACCAGCCGUGGCCCUCGUGAGUUGGAGCUACAGCCGCCCCAGGAAGGGCCCGGGCCGGGUGUUCUGACGCUGUGCUUCCGCGACCCUCAAGAUGCCCAGCGCUGGAGUGCAGUGCUGGAGAAAGCCCGGGACCUUGGGGGCACAGCUGCUGCCAGCCCUGCUGCAGCCCCUGCCCCAGGCAUUCUGCCUCCUACUGUCUCCACACCCCCUCCAGCUUCUGAAGCCGAGACCCUGUGGAACCCCCAGGAUUUUUCUGAGAAAGAGGCACUGACCAACAGGCUGACCCAGGCCAUCUGUGGGGGUGAUGAGCAGGGAGCAGCUCAAGCAGCAGCUGCCCUUGCACAGAAGCAAGUGCCUCUCAACAUCCUGCUCCAGGAGAGCUGCUUCCCUCCAGGUCCUGUCAGGGUGCAGGUCACAGUGGAGGAUGCAGCAUCAUCAGCCCACAUCUCCCUCCGGGUUCAUCCUCACAGUACGAUAGCAGCCCUACAAGAACAGGUGUUCAAAGAAUAUGGUUUUCCACCCCGCGUGCAACGAUGGGUGAUAGGCCGAUGUUUGUGUGUGCCCGAAAGGAGCCUGGCGUCCUACGGGGUGCAGAGAGACGGAGACCCUGCCUUCCUCUAUCUCCUUUCUGGGCCCCCUGGGCCUCACGGUGCUCGUCCUCCAGCCCGGGGACUGGAUGUUGGCAAGAAGUCAAAUGGAGAGAUUGGCUCCCUCCUCUCCCAGCAACCAGGGCUUCCUCCAGCCUCCCGUCCAGCCCCCAACCCUUCUGGAUCUCUGCAAAUUGGCUGGUCUUGCCCUUCUUGCACCUUUAUCAAUGUUCCUGGGCGACCAGGCUGUGAGAUGUGCAGCACUGAACAACCAGCUUUCCAAAGCCCUCAGCCAGAGGCUCCUGCUCAACAGCUCCCAAAGAUUACAAGGCGGGGAGAGGACAUGGCCAUUCCCCCCAGCAUCUGGUCUCCAGAUACCUCCUUUCACAUGUUGAACGAAUUCUCCUGACCCAAUAAGAUCAAACCAAUGGACUAGAACUAAUUUAUAGGAGAGUAAAGUCUGACAGUAACUUAAACCCACUUAAACCUGGAUGGACAAGAUGAAAAUUGGACUGUAAUAAUAAAAAUAACCUAUCAUAUUUGGAGAAGACUGUAAAA